AUGUAUCGAGUUUGUUCACGAUUUUUGGGGAAAAAUUUCGUUUGGACAAUUUUGGAACAAGCACGUUUUGACUUGCUUACUCGUAAUGAGACGUAUUUAUUGAAACCAAGAAUGUCAUAUAUAGCCAGUGAUGAAUAUGAUAGCUGUUGCUCAGCAGAUUUGACAGAUGAUGAACAGAACAGUUGCGACAGUCAUGGCUUUGCAACAGUGCCAUCCUCGGAUCACUUGCGACGAACAAGACAGCUUUGCAUUGGCUCAGUUAAAAGUUCGAGAAAGCAGUCAAAAAUAAUUUCAGAGCAUUGGAAAUAUUCCGCAAGCAUAGUCUCGCAAAGUUCUUCCAAUGCAGAAUUUACUUCAAGUGAAAAGUCUGCUUCGUUGCAUCUGCUCUGGGAUGAUCCACAAUGGGAUGAGGCAACCGAUUUUUGUUUUUAUGGUGCAGCAGAUCAUGAUCAGUAUUCAGCAUCGUCUGAUGUUUCGAAUAUGACCGAGUUUCAAGCUGCUAAAGGAUUGUUUGAAGAACCGGAUAACCGCUGCAAGGUGAAUGAAGAAGACCAAAAGAGUUCUGAAAAUGUAAUUGAUUUUUUACAGUUAGAUUUUAGAUGUACUUUAUCAAACACUUCACUUCUUGUCUUUGUAAACUUUCAGUCAAAUCGAGAAGAAAAGCAUACUGAUUUCGACACUAACGAUUUCAUCCAAAAAAAUUGUAUGGUCGAUUCUAAGCAUCUUUACCAGAUUACUGCUGGAUUUAUAACUCGAACCAACAGUAUAUCAGUAUCCAGCGAACGUAGUUCCCAAUCAUUUCCAUCUCUGCGAAGACGACUUAUUGCUAAUACACUGUCGGAUGGGUUGCUUGAAUUGGUGCAGCCAUUCACUACAACAUCGGUAGUUUCAUCAAGUCAUAUGAUAACGUCAAUGACUGACAGUGGGAUUAGCAGGGGGACUAUUUCAACGUCCAAUUUGCAGUCAUCAAUUAGAUCAAAUGGUGCGAAAGGUACUUUUGGAGCAGAGAUAUUAUCAAGCGAAGAUGAAGCUGUCGGUACGAUGAUGCCUUGCAUAUUAACAACAAAUAGAAAUUCUGUUAUUGGGCGGAAUAAUUUAAAUCUAAUCAGUGAGGAUCGUUACUCGACAACUGCAUCCACUCUAAGUAUGGAAUGGUUCGAGGAUGAUUUUUGUCCGUUUGUUACAAACCAGAAUUUAAGAGGAUCAUUGAAUGCAGAUAUGGAUGAUCCAUUAGCUGCAUGUUUCAGUGGUUCCGGCUCUGAUCAGAUGCGUCCAAACAAUGCAGGAAGUAGACGAAAACAUUUAUACAAUGUUACACGAGAUCUGAUGGCUUGGGCGAAAGAUCAGUUUGUCACUAAAUCUCCUCAGUUGAAGGCUCUUCAAUUGUUAUAUACAUCUGAUCAACGUUGGCGAAGGAUCGGAUUAAAACGAAGUUCUAAUUGUUCCGAACAGUUUCUCAGUUCUCUGCUGCAUUUAAUGUUCAUUCAUGGAAUACCAUUUUUCGGCUGCUCCGAUUUUUCGAUCAUUGCAAAGGUUUCACUAGAUUUUAUUAGCUUGCAUUGA